AUGGCGACUAAGAUGCUAUCCUGGAACGACACCAACAAAGGGGAUAUCCCCACAGAACACGCAGAGGUUGCUGGUAAGGAAGAAGAUUUGAUCAAACAAGCAUACCCCGGAGUGAAUAUCGGUGCUCAGGAGGUUCAAAUCACCGCUUCUCACAAAGAAUACUUGACCCGACGCCAUGGCACUUGUGAGCUUGACCCACUACCUUCCGAAGAUCCUGCUGAUCCCUACAACUGGCCGCGGUGGAGGGUCAAUGUCAAUCUUGUGCUUAUUUCAUUCCAUGCACUUAUGAUCGGAUUUAUGACAGGCGGUCUCAUCCCUGCGUUUGGAGCGCUGGCCGAAGAGUUCGACGUUUCCUUGAAUGCUGCGGUUUAUACCACCUCAACACAGAUCCUCUUUCUUGGAAUCGCACCACUUUUCUGGGGUCCACUUGCGGAACGAUACGGACGUCGACCAGUCUGGCUUAUCUCUACCUUGCUCUCCAUGGCAUGCAACCUGGGUUGUGCUCUUGCGAAAACUUACCCUCAACUGCUGGUUGCUCGCAUCUUCCAGUCUAUUUUCAACUCGCCUGCUGGGGCUAUUGGAGGGGCGGUAGUAGUAGACUUAUUUUUUGCCCAUGAAAGGGCUCGGAAGAUGGGCAUAUGGACCUUGAUGGUCACAAUCGGCAAUCCCCUCGGCCCAUUUUUGAUGGGAUUUGUGGCAACAAGAGCUGGGUGGCGUUGGAUAUUCUGGAUUUUCACAGUGAUAAAUGGGAUUCAGUUCCUCUGCUACUUUUUCUUCUCACCCGAGACAAAGUAUAUUCGCGAGUACGACAACGCUGCUGCUACUCCUGUUACUACAGAUAAGACAAUCACGGGUCGAUAUAUGAGCUUUGGGAAAAUUGAGGGGACAACACCUCUUCGACACCAAGACUUUUACAGACCUCUGACAAUCCUCAGCUGCCUCUCGGUCGCUAUACCGACGCUAGCUCACAGUGUGAUGUUCUGCUUCUGCAGCGUCUUGAUCUGUGUGGAAAUCCCUGGGCUUCUGGGAGUGAAAUUCAAUUUGAAUUUCGAGAGCAUUGGGCUGAACUUCAUGAGCAACAUUAUUGGUGGUGUGAUUGGUGAGCUUGCGGGCGGACCGCUUCUCGACUAUUUCCGCAAUCGUCGAGGACGGAGCGGCAAGACGGCAAGAUCUAUGGCACCAGAGCACCAUCUUCACCUAUCUUACCCUGCUUAUGCACUCUGCAUCGCAGGAUUUGUAGUCUUUCUUGUUACCCUCGAUCAAGCUGACGUGGGGCGGUGGAACAUCAGACCAGAUGUUGGGCUUGCUGUCUGUGCAGCAGGAAACCAGAUGAUGACUACAGUCUUAUUCACAUAUGCCAUCGAGCGGAAUCUAGACAAUGCUAGCAAUGUGGGUGUUGCUCUUAUCAUGGUCAGACAAAUCUGGAGUUUUAUUGGCCCGUUCUGGUUCCCGUACAUGUUCGAUUCAACCGGCCUCCGUGGAGCAGCUGCCCUUUGCUCGGGGAUCAUGCUCGCAUUUGCAGUUGCCCCAACUGCACUGCAACAAAUCUGGAUUGGACCAAGAUAUGCCUGA